AUGGCGGAAGAAAGCAGUCAAAUUGAGCCCAAAACGCAGGAGGAAAUGUUGUUCAAGCCCGUUGGCGAAACAGUCAAGGAAAUUCAAGAAGAGGUCGAUCACGAUGGAGAGACAGCUCAGGUAAAGUUGACAGGCGCAUCAGACGCUAUGGGACAUCCCGUUCAGGAAAUCGAGUCGCUCUGCAUGAACUGCCACCAGAACGGUGUGACAAGAUUGCUGCUGACGUCGAUCCCAUAUUUCAGAGACGUUGUGAUAAUGUCAUUCGAAUGCCCUCAUUGUGGUUUCAAGAAUUCGGAGAUCCAGCCAGCGUCCGAGAUCCAGGAGAAGGGCUGCAAAUAUCUGCUGAAGGUUGAGAAUGCGGAGGAUUUCAAUAGACAAGUGAUAAAGUCUGAGACUGCGACAUGUAAGUUCAUUGAGCUGGAUAUUGAGAUCCCGGCAAAGCGCGGCCAGUUGACGACCGUGGAGGGUCUCCUCAGUGAAAUGAUAGAAGAUUUGGAAUCUGACCAGGAAGCCAGAAAAACAGUCGAUGAAGCUCUGUACGACAAGAUUGAGCAGUUUAUAGGCAAGGUGAGAGACUGCAUCGCGUGCAAGGCCGGUACGUUGCCGAUCAAUUUUGUUCUCGACGAUCCAGCUGGUAACUCCUGGAUUGAGUACAAGCCGGGCGAACCGCAACAUAAGUGGUCUCACUCAGAGUAUCUGAGAACAGACGAUCAGAAUGUAGAGGUUGGAAUCAUCACGAGAGAUCAGCUUGAGCAGCGUCGCAGAGAAAAACUGCAGGAGCUGUCGAAUCGCGAGAGAAAUCCUUCCGAGUCUGUCAAAGCUGGCGUUGCGAAUCCAGAAUUCCUUUCAGAUGCCACAGAUAUCGAAAAUUUUAACAAUGAAGUGCAAACAUUUAGAGGCUCAUGCCCUUCAUGUAUGCACGAAUGCGAGACUCAUAUGAAGCCCGUCAACAUUCCUCACUUCAAAGAAGUGAUCAUCAUGUCCACGAGGUGUGAUAGCUGUGGCUAUAAAUCUAACGAGGUCAAGACCGGUGGUGCUAUCCCAGAGAAGGGAAGAAGAAUAACGUUGUUGUGUGACGAUCCAGCAGAUCUCUCCCGUGAUAUACUGAAAUCAGAAUCUUGUUCCUUGACCAUACCUGAACUGAGCGUUGAAAUUCAGCAGGGUACUCUUGGCGGCAGAUUCACAACCCUGGAAGGUCUGCUGAGACAAGUAUACGAUGAGUUACAUUCAAGAGUCUUUUCACAAACUUCGGACUCAAUGGAUGAGCAGACCAGGGAACGUUGGUUAUCGUUCUUCAGCAAAAUGAAAGAUGCUCUAGAUGGUAAAAUUGGAUUCACCGUUAUCAUGGAAGAUCCUCUAGCGGGAUCUUACAUCCAAAACGUGUACGCUCCAGACCCAGAUCCAAACAUGAAGAUCGAGGACUACGAGAGAACCAGGCAACAAAACGAGGAUUAUGGAUUAACAGACAUCAUGGUCGACCAGCAGUAA